AGCAGACUCCAAUGUGAUUGGCGGCCGGGGCUGCUCGCGGGCCGUUCGGCAGUUGACGGGCACGAGCCAUUGGCGAUUGGCCGGCGUGCGUGCGCGCGAGCGAGCUGUGGGGAGUUUGCAGAGUUUGAGCCGGUCGCUUCUCAGUAGCAGCGGCGUGGCGGUGACAGCAGCAUGUGCAAGCUCUGUGAGAAACAGAGCGGGGGAGAGCGGACAGCUGCCGUAGCAAGUAGUGCAAUCCAGCUCGGCCAUCCCAACUGGCACCAGGCGCUUUAAACUGCUUUCUCGCUGGCUAUAGGGGAAAUAGUGACAGAACUUUGACGGAACAUUUUUUUUUGGAGGAAAAAAAAGAGCAAGAGGCUGGAGAGCUGCAGACUUAGGGAUGGAAAACUUCACCCGGACAAAGUCAAUGGCAGAAACAUCAAACUCUUGCUAGCAUCGCAAAGAUAUCUUGAGGAGGUCUUGAGGUACAAAGGACAUCAUACCUAUCCCAGAGCCAGAAGUUCCAAGUUUGAGGUGAACCCCAGGACUUGAUGGCCAAAGAAAGUGUAUUCAUACUGCAGCCAACAAGCUGAGUGUCUGCCUGCAAAUCCUUCCAACAUAUGCCCGUGGCAAGCAACUUGAACCAGAGAGACUUCUGGCUAUCCAUGCUAUGGGAAGAAUGUUGAGACUCAGUCAUGACUAUCCAUAGUUCUAGAUGACAACAUGCAUUUUAAAAGAGCAUGUUACAAUUGGAACUUGAACUCCCUAAAUGAACUGCAGCACACACGCAUAUAUACUACAUAUACGUUAGUGUGUUUAAUUCAAACGUGAAUAUUCCUCUAUUAGUUUCUCUAAGGGAGUGGCUUUUCCCAUCUUUGGUGUCGAUUAUUUGCUUCAGUUUUGGAGGAUGCUAUACAUCUUCGGACAAUCACGACAGUACUCAAUCACUUGUCCAAUUACCAGGAAAUAUGUGUCCAUGGACAUAUGACAUAGGAUGAACACUGCUCAUCGCCUGAUAUCACCUGUGUUGUUGUCCCUUGUUCUGCUUACUUUUGGGUUUGAUGUCAGUGAGAACAUAUGUUCCACAUUGGUUUCUGGAGUUCUGCACAGGUCAUUCUCACUACGGGACAUAUUUCCUAAAGUCUUUUCUGGCUGCUCUUGGACUAUUGAAAACCCAGAUCCCACAAAAUAUUCACUUUACUUAAAAUUUCAUAAAGAGAAACAGAUUUGCUCCUAUACCUCUCUGAUGGUACUGCAGUUGGAUCACUACAUUCCGAACCAGACCUGUAGCACGUUGGAUUACAUCGAUUAUGAUGCUGUUAACUUGUGUGAAACAAGGAAUUUGUUUACGUUUUUACAGUUUGAUAAAGAUUUUGUACAAUUUUGUCUAACUUCUGAAUCAGUUUUGACUGAACAUCUCGGCAAAAAUGCAAUGGAAUUUCAAAUCUUAGAGGUUAUUUUACUCAAUAAUGAGAAUUCUAGCCAGUUUGGCUGUGGAAUAUUGUGCCAUUGGUUUGAAAGCUGCCUGAGCAAGAGAAAUCGUUAUGAACCAUGUGGAAUUAAUUACUCAGGGUGUCCAUGCCCGGACAUACAUGAAAAUGAGUCUGACUCAUCCACGACACUGCCUUUCAUCGAGAAUGAGUUUGUGGCAUCAAAAUUACAUUCCAGAAAUGUAAAUGAUUUUAAUGUUGAAAAGGUUGCAGCAAAAGCUGGAAGUGAAAUUAAGAAACAACGGAAAAUUAGAAGGCAGCAUCCAAGAUCAGCUGAUGACUCUGGAACAUUUAUGGCACAAAUUGGAGAUCCUGCUGCUGAAGAGUGGUCUCAAUGGAGUGUGUGCUCACUCACAUGUGGUAUGGGUUCGCAGGUUCGAACAAGAUCCUGUGUAGCAUCCCCCUAUGGAACUCUGUGCAGCGGUCCUCUAAGAGAAACACGAGUUUGUAAUAAUUCAGCUACAUGUCCAGUACAUGGUCUUUGGGAGGAAUGGUCGCCUUGGAGUUUGUGCUCAGUUACCUGUGGGAGAGGAUCGAGAACCAGAUCUCGGAUGUGCGUUGCUCCACAACAUGGAGGGAAAGCGUGUCAGGGUCCAGAGCUCCAAACCAAGCUCUGCAACAUUGCACUCUGCCCUGUUGAAGGACAGUGGCUGCACUGGGGUCCAUGGAACAGAUGUUCAGUAACAUGUUCAAAUGGAACUCAACAGAGAACUCGCAAAUGCAUCUCGACCCAUGGUUGGACAGAGUGUAAAGGUCAUCAGGCUGAGGCCCGGGAUUGCUUCAACCAAGAGUGCUCAAGUGAUGGAAAAUGGGGUCCAUGGAACCACUGGAGUUUGUGUUCCAAAACAUGUGACAGCGGCUGGCAACGACGCCUUCGUAUGUGCAAAGGGACAAGUGUCAAAGGCUACCCAUGUGAAGGAUCAGGGGAAGAGGUCAGGACAUGCAAUCAUAAAAGAUGCCCAGCUCCCCAUGAAAUGUGUAGGGAUGACUACAUCAUGGCAAUGACCUGGAAGAGGACUGUAGCUGGGGAGCUGGUUUAUAAUAAGUGUCCUCCAAAUGCAACAGGUUCAGCCAGCCGCAAAUGUUUAUUAAAUUCUCAUGGAAUUGCAUUUUGGGGGCCACCAAGUUUUGCCAGAUGUGUCUCUCAUGAUUACAGACACUUACAUGUAUCGAUCCGAGAGCACCUCGCUAAAGGACAGCGGACCUUGGCAGGAGAGGGCAUGAUACAAGUAAUAAGAACUAUGCUGGGUUUAAUAGCGAGAAAGAAUUUCUACAGUGGAGAUCUCUUAUUCUCUGCAGACAUACUACGGAACGUGACAGAUACAUUCAAAAGAGCCAGCUAUAUUCCUCCUUCUGGUGAUAUACAAAAGUUCUUUCAGAUUGUCAGCUACAUGCUUGAAGCAGAGAACAGGGCAAAAUGGGAUGAUGCACUUCAGGUUGCACCUGGAUCGAUCUACUUGAUGCGGGUAGUUGAAGAUUUUAUCCACAUUGUGGGUCAUGGGUUAAAGGUGUUUCAGAGUGCCCUUAUUGUGACAGAUAACCUUGUGACUAGUAUACAACGAGAGCCUGUAUCUGCUGUGUCAACUGAUAUCAGCUUCCCAAUGAAAGGCAGAAGAGGAAUGAAAGAUUGGGCAAAAAAUUCAGAAGACAAACUUUAUAUUCCAAAAGAGGUGUUCACACGUUCUUCCUCAGAAACAGAUGACUCGACCUAUUAUGUGAUCGGAGCUGUGCUAUAUCGGACGCUGGGUCUCAUCUUACCUGUUACAAAAAAGUCAAUGGCAAUAAAUUCCAAAGUACUGACAGUAACAGUGAGGCCGCAGCCUAAGGCUUCCGAAUCAAUUGUUGUAGAGCUAUCGCAUCUUAUUAAUGGAACAUCCGAUGCACACUGUGUUGUUUGGGAUGACUCCAAAAUGGAUUCUGGUCCAGGGAGCUGGGACCCUCAGGGAUGUGAAACGGUGCAAACACAAGCAUCACACACGAAAUGUCUUUGUAAUCAACUGGCCACUAUCGCCAUCUUAGCCCAGAAACCGAGAGAUUCGACCAUGGAAUUUACAGGAGUACCAUCUGUCCCACUGAUGAUCGGAUGUGGAAUUGCCUGUAUGGCUCUCUUAACGUUGCUUGCUGUAUAUGCUGCUUUUUGGAGAUUCAUUAAAUCAGAGCGAUCCAUUAUUCUACUCAACUUUUGCCUGUCUAUAAUGGCGUCAAACAUCCUCAUUUUGGUUGGUCAAACUCAGAUACACAGCAAGGGAGUGUGCAUGAUGACAGCAGCUUUUCUGCAUUUCUUUUUCCUCUCAUCCUUCUGUUGGGUGUUGACAGAAGCCUGGCAAUCCUAUCUUGCUGUUCUGGGAAAAAUUAGGACCAGGCUUAUAAGGAAACGCUUUCUCUGCCUUGGCUGGGGUUUACCCGCACUGAUUGUGGCCAUUUCCGUUGGGUUUACAAAAGCUAAAGGAUACGGAACAGCUAAUUACUGUUGGUUGUCUUUGGAAGGAGGCCUCCUUUAUGCAUUUGUUGGACCAGCAGCAAUUAUUGUAUUGGUAAAUAUGCUCAUUGGGAUCAUAGUAUUCAACAAACUCAUGUCCCGAGAUGGAAUUUCAGAUAAGUCCAAAAAGCAGAGAGCUGGUCAGGCAAGUGAAGCCCGUAGCGGUUUGAUGCUCAAAUGUUCCAAGUGUGGAGUUGUUUCAACUACAGCAUUAUCUGCCACCAUCACCAGUAACGCCAUGGCAUCCCUGUGGAGCUCGUGCGUUGUUCUCCCAUUGCUGGCACUGACCUGGAUGUCAGCUGUUCUGGCGAUGACUGACAGGCGAUCGAUUUUGUUUCAAAUAUUGUUUGCAGUUUUUGACUCCGUUCAAGGCUUUGUUAUUAUCACGGUCCACUGCUUCCUGAGACGAGAGAUUCAGGAUGUUGUAAAAUGUCGAACAGGAAGCUGCAAAACUGAAGAGAAUGAAAACUCACCUGAUUCUUACAAAAAUGGUCAAGUCCAGAUUAUGACAGAUUUUGAAAAGGACGUGGACCUGGCCUGCCAGUCAGUGCUCUUCAAGGAGGUUAACACUUGCAAUCCUGCGACUAUUACUGGAACACUGUCUCGUAUCUCGUUGGAUGAUGAGGAAGAUGAAAAGCUGAACAUAAACAGUGAAGGGAUGAACUUCACAACCCUUCCUGGAAAUAUUCCACCAGGAAAUGUCUUGGUUCAGUUGCCUCCCAUGCACCAGUUGCGCAAUAUAAUGUCUGGUAUGAAUGAACUGAAUGAUCAACCAGCCGAAAAAGAAACCAACAAUGAAUUGAGGGGAACACUGUAUCUGUGCACAGAGAAUACCUUGAAACCAGUGGAUGUGAAAUGGAGGCGGGCACAAGAGCAGCCAUUAGAAGGUGACUACAUGGUACUCCCAAGACGCACAGUCAGCUUAAAGCCUUUCGUCAAAGAGGACAGCAAGUUAAACAUCAAUGUGGAUGACAACAGACACAAUAUUUGCGGGAACCAACCAGUCGAAUCAGAGGUUUAUCCCAACUUUGCCUCACUUGAUCAAAUCAAUAUUAACUUAAAUCAACCUUAUGGUACGCUUAAUCACCCACGAAAUGUACCCAUCAAACAGCACCCUUCAGUGAGGCACAUUCUAGCAUCUGAACUUGCUGACAGGAGCAGGACCAUGCCACGCAGCAAACCAAGUACAACAAACUCCACAGGUUCCUUAGAAAGGAAAAGAUUGAGGUACUCCGAUCUUGAUUUUGAGAAAGUCAUGCACACAAGAAAACGUCAUUCAGAACUCUAUCAUGAACUAAACCAGAAAUUCCACACCUUAGACAGGUUCCGAGAUUCCGAACCCUCAGGAUUUAAGCAAGAGAAGAAAUGUAGCAUUUCCCCAGCAGGAGCUGAAAAAAGCACACCAGCUGAACAAACUAUACCUUUGGAGCAGUCAUGGGACACCUUCACAAACCCACCUGCCAACACACUUCAUUUAGACAGCCAGGAGAACUUAGAACUUCAUUCGCCAGAGUGGGAAACAUCUGCCACAAUUCCUUUGGAUACAUCUGAAGGAGACUUUCAAACUGAAGUUUGAAGAAGGUUCAAAGGUAAAAACAAACUGACAAAACAACAAACUUGAAAUAUAUAUUUUCACACUGAUGCUUUGAGAAGAAUUUUCAUGUGUUGAAUUCUCAAAUAUUCCUGAAGAAAAGUGAAGUUAUUAUUUUCAACGUUCUCACUACAACUGAUAGGUGAGACACCAAGACUGAGUCUGUGAAACUAAGUUCCAGAUCUGCGUGCUGAAGACCCUAUUUCCUAUACAAUUUUCUUUUGCUGUGCUCUCUGGACCCACAAUCAAGACUAAAAGGAUUCAGGCACCAUCUGUCAUUGACACAACUAAGUUUAAGAUGAAAUUAGUUUUUAGUAAGACUUCAUCACUUUUUUGUCUCAACACCUAAUUGAGAAAAGACAAUCAGGCAACAGUUAUUUCAAAAAUACUCUUGUAUUUACUUUAUUGUUCUCUUUUGGUCCUGAAUUUUGCAAUAGCUGCUUUUCUGUAAACCUUUCAUUUGUUUUUUUUUGCUGUGCAAGAUUUUCUGAAAAAGAGCCAAGGGAGUGAUUGUGUAAGGCCCUGUGCUCAGAAUGAAGCUUUAUUAAAAGUAAGCACCAGGCCACGAUGAGAGUAUUAACAAUAGAGUGCCAGUUUUUGAUCAUAUUCGUGACUCCUGAAGUUUUCAAAUUUGAGAAGAAAGUCUCACAUAAUUACUCCUGCCUACAAUCAUGUGGAAAUAGCAGGUGCAGAAUCACUAAAAAUAGAUGAGUUCUUUACCUAGCCUGCCCUCCGUGAGUUAACACAAUCAGUUGCAGUCUCGCUUAAUGCUGCUCUCUGCUGGUUUCAACAACCAGCUGUAAAGUCAGAAUUCCACUUGAUCUUUUGCUUUUACUGCCUGCUGGUUAGAUUAUAAGGAUUCCCAGUCGAAGUAGCUGACUGGGGAACAAACUCAGUAAUAAUCACCAAAUCCUUUUAUUAAAAGCUCAUUUAUCGUUUCACAUCAGAAAUCUCUCACUUUUUUCUUCAAGCAAAUGCAUUUUUUAUUUUCUCUACAAGCCCUUCACUUUUAAAAAUGCAGGUGAAUCCUCCACAGCUUAUGGGAGAUUGACCUUAUAGAAGAGCGAGUAUUGAGCAGGGCUUCCCAAAGUGGAGUUCAGUUCCCCAAGUGGAGCUGCAAAUGACAUUUAUAGGGUCGCAGGUUCUGAGGCAGCAAUGGCCACCAUAGACUUGAUCUCCAGAUAUAACUGAUAUAUACUCCCUCUCUAGCAGACCUCUGAUCUCUUUGUUCUCAUUGAAGGAUCACAAUAAUCUUUCAAACCUCAAAAUAGGGUCCGAGUGGAAAACAUUGGGAGACACUUGUAAAGGUUUGGGUAUGGGGGGGGAGGUGUGAAGCAUAAGACUAGGGUACAGAUUUGUAAUGAAGUUUGUGAGAGUUGUGCUCAGAGAUGCUGAAGUAAUUUUUUUAUUAUUGUUCCUAGAAAACUUGAUCCAAUUAGAUUUUUGUUCUGUGCAGACAUUUCAUAGAUAUGUUUAACACACAAUGAAUGCAUCACAUGUUCAUAUUAUAAAUAAAUAUCUAUAUAGGUCUUGCAUCUAACAUUUGUCUGUCACACUUCCAAGUGUCAGGCCCAAAACCAAAUAUUAAACAUGCACCUGAUUAAUUGAAACAUAAUUUUCAUGAGACUUUGGCAAAUCAUCACUGAACAAGCUUCAAACAUACCAACAAAUAAACAGGAAGCAGGAUCAAUAACUAUUUUAUCUCUUUCAUCAGAGCUUGUCAAUAAAUUUUUGUUCCUUUACCAUUGUCAUUCUAUCCCUCAUGAACCUAUAUGAAAAUAAAAGGUAUCUAUUUAAAUUUGUUAAAUCAGCAAACCUUCAACCCAUCUGUUUUGGGGUUUUCAGAAUGGCUGGAAUAUUGAGUAGUUGUAGCAAGCCAAAUUCAGUUUUGUCAAAGCAGAAGCUUUCAUUCCUUAUAUUCCUGAAGGAUUUUUUUUGUGGGCAGCACGGUGGCUCAGUGGUUAGCACUGCUACCUCACAGCGCCAGGGAUGCAGG